AUGUUCUUGAUGAGCUCGUCAGUUGUGUUAUCCAACAACUUCAUUCUAUUUAAACACCACCACCACAACAACUCUCCCCUCUCCGUCUCGCCGCAUCAACAACCUUCAUCCACUCUUCACUUCUUUACACGGCGGCGGGAACUCAGUCGGAGGAGGUUUAUUACAAAAGCGGAAAGCCAUAACAGUAACAGUUCAAGGAAACGCAGCAGUUGGUGGUUCAAAUUUAUUUCCGAGGAGGACGGGAACUGGUUUGGUUUGAAGGACGAUGAUAUGAUGGAUGUCGAAGAGGAACAGGAGUUGUCGGAGGAGGAAAAGUUUGAGGCGUGGAAACAGCGAGCGGAGGCAAUUAUAGAUUUGAGGGAAGCUCAAGAAGAUAGGAGGAAUGAAGAGCAUAGGAAGUGGGAAGACUGGCUUUUGGAGGAAGAGAAGGAGGAUGUUGCAACUUCUUCUUGGGAGAAGGGAAUCAAGGAUUAUAGGGAGGAGAUUCGACUGGAUUCGCCUGAAGAAGGGCUUGUUAAGUCUGUUAGGUCUUUGAUUUUCGGAAAUGAACAGAAUGAUGAUGAUGAUGAUGAUGAUGAUGACAUGCUUUAUGAAGAUCGUGUUUUCCAGUAUGCUUCUUCAAAUUCGGCUAAAUUUUUGGCAGUGUUGAUUAUUAUACCUUGGGCAAUGGAUUUUCUGGUUCAUGACUAUGUACUAAUGCCUUUUUUAGACAGAUAUGUUAAGACUGUACCACUUGCUGCCCAAAUGCUUGAUGUGAGAAAAUAUCAAAAGCUUGAAAUAGUUGAGGGAUUAAAAACUGAGAAAGCACGAUUUAAGUUUGAGGUAGAGAUUGGUAAAUCUCCCCCUCUUUCUGAUGACGAGAUUUGGUGGGAAUUGAGGAAUAAAGCAUUAGAGUUGAGAGAUGAGUGGAGAUUGAAGAAUCGCAGAGCAUUUGCCAACAUAUGGUCAGAUACAGUUUUCGGGGUCUCUUUAUUUAUUCUUUUGUACUUCAAUAAGAGUAAAGUAGCCUUGCUCAAAUUUACUGGUUAUAAAAUUCUAAACAAUAUUUCUGAUACUGGGAAGGCGUUUCUAAUUAUACUUGUAACAGAUAUUUUUCUAGGGUAUCAUUCUGAAACUGGUUGGUACACUCUGAUAGAGAUGAUUGUUGAGCACUAUGGGCUUGAAGUAGAUAUGUCCGCUAUUACUAUAUUUGUUUGCUUGGUCCCAGUCACCGUUGAUGCAUGCGUCAAACUUUGGCUGUACAAAUUCCUUCCACGUUUAUCUCCGAAAGUAAUGAGUAUAUUUCAGGAAAUGCAGCGUCACUAG